AUGGAAUCAGCGUUUAUUAAGGAAGGCCGUAAUCAACAUAUUGAUUUAAAUUGUGUUGUACAUUAUCUUCGUGAUCAUGGAUAUCCACCUUGUGUCCACAAAAAUGAAAAGUUUAACUUUAGGAGACAGUGUAAAGUUUUCAAACUUGACAAUGAUAUACUUGUUCAUAAGAAAACAUUUGCAAAAACAAUUGAUGUUAAUGAGCGAAAACGAAUUAUACAUAUGGUGCAUAAUGGAUCCGAUAACUCAGCACAGUCAUCAGCACUAUCUAGUAAUCAUGGCAGAGACUGUUAA